CAGAGGUGCUGUGGCAGGAAGUCCUGUGGUCAUGGCCCCCCAGAAGGCAGGCUCCGCCAGGAUGGGGCCCCUAUGCCUCCUCCUGACUGCCGUGCUGCUCCUGGCCCAGGCAGCGCCGAGGAAGGCCUCUCAGCACUGCAGCCGCCUCGAGUACUGGAACCCUGAGGACCUGUGCUGUGGCAGCUGCUUGCAGCGCUUCGGGCCGCCCCCUGCUCGGACUGAAUUUUCGGAAAACUGCGGGCCCGAUGAUGCGGGCAAUCACGUAACGCACCCCUUCAAAGAGUGUCCUCCUGGGCAGUGCAACCCCAACAGCGAGGAGCUAUGUAGUCCUUGUGGCGGCGGAGCAACGGGGGCCCCACUUCUGGGGAGCCGCGGCGGGACCCGGAGGCGCGGCAGACAGAAGCCGGUCCGUAACAAGGAGCCCUGCCCCCUGACACGUGGAAAGCUGAGCGUCCUUAGUUCCCAGGAGCCCAGCUUACCGGCGAUUUCCAGUCUCCUGUGGACAUCUGAGCACAAAGUCCCUCAGCAGGCCUGGCCGAGUUGGAGUUUUGACCUGUCCCUGGUGCUGGUUCUGCUCAUGACCUCAGCAGAAAUUCUCCUGCUCGCCCUGCAAAGGCACCGCCGUCGCAACCACCAGGGGAAAGCUGUCCAACACCCCUAUCCUGGCUUGGUUUGCAACCACCUCAACACCCACACCCUAUUCUCCUUGCACUUGUCCCCUCCAGGCUCCCUGGAGGCUUCAGAGGCAGGGGACUCAGGGAAGGAGGUCCCUCUGCCUCCACUCCUAGGCAGGGAGCUGCCAAGUCUGGAAUCACAGCCGCUGUCUCGCCUCCUGGAUGAGCUGGAAGUGCUGGAGGAGCUGAUCGUGCUGCUGGAUCCUGAGCCUGGGCCAGGAUGGGGGAGAGCCUGUGGCAGCACUCGACACCUGGCUGCAAAAUAUGGACUGCCUGCUGCCUGGUCCACUUCCGCCUACUCCCUGCAGCCCAGUCGCUGGCCUCGGUGGGCCCUGAUGGAGAUGGUGGUGGCAAGGGAGCCCUCUGCCUCUCUGGGCCAGAUUGGCGCACCUGCCCAGAGAGGGCGGGCAGAUGCACUGCAGGUGCUGUCCAGGCUUGGCUGAGCUGGGGCCUGCCCGGCCUAG